AGUUACGCGGUGUGACAGUUUAAAAGAUUUUGUGUAUUGUGUUUUUUGAUGAAUAUUUUGUUUAGUGUGUGUGAGUUUUCUUCUACUUUUUUCUUGGGAUUAUUGCAUAUAUUUUUGUAAAGAAGUUUCACUCAACCUAUUUCAACUAUUUCCCAGAUCACGUAAAUUGGGUUCUAAUUUGGAACCAAAGUCAUCAAUACAUGCUGGAGGUGGUAAUAGGGCAAUGAUGCAAAUCACUGAAGACACGCCGCCGGAUAUGCUGGCGGGUGCAAUGGAUCUUACAGUGCAUUUACCAAAUGCCGGGCAAUCACCAAUCAAAAUAUCAGUUAACCGAAGUACACCAAUGAUGGAUCUAUUGGUUCAAGUAACAACUGCACACCGUUUACAACCAUCGGCACACAUAAUUCAAGCAAUCGGUUAUUCAUCGCAUCAAUCUGGUGAUGCAAUCAUAUUACCAUACAAACCAAAUACACCAAUCGGUGCACUCGAUACAAAAUUAAUAAAAAUUAUACCAAAAUCACCCUCAAAAUAUUCAAUAAAUAAUAAUAAUAAUAUAAAUAAUAUAAACAAUAAAUUAAAUAAUAGUACAGCAUCAAAUGUGUUAACAUCAGCUGGAAUUGGUAAUCGUGGAACGUUAACGCGAACCACAGAUCAAUUACCAUUCGAGAGUACAUUUCGUUUACAAGUACAUUUACCACGGAAUCAACUGUAUGUGGCACGUGUUAGUCAAUUUGUUACAUUAGAAAAUAUUAUGAAAAAAGUGUGUACCGAAAAGAAUUUGGACGAGAAAAAGUAUGAAUUUCGACAUCCAGUAAAUUUUCAUGAAGUUUUGGAUCCUAAAUUAACAUUAUCGGAUUAUCAAAUCACAGAGGUAACAGUGGUUAAAAAGGGAAAAGCAGUUUCUGCAUCAGAUAUGGCAACAUUGCAACGAGAAGAAGAACGUCGGCGGCAACAAGCACGAAAUGGUGGCGGAGUUUUUAAUUUAAUUUUCAAACGAGGCAAAAGUGGGAUGGGUUCUGGAUCAGUAUCAAGUGAUACUAGGUCAAUAUCACCAACACGUAGUGAUUCAUCACAAUCUCGUUCAAUUACACCACCAGCAAUUCAACAUACCACACCAAAAAUUAUCGAAAAUAAACACGAAAAUGAAAAGGAAUUCAGUAAACCAAAACCACCAUUACGAAAACGACGGCCAGCUCCAAAACCACCUACGACCACAACAACUGUUGUGAACAAUAACGCUGAAAAUAUAGAAAAAUCUGCUACAACACAAAUUACAACAGUAAAUGAAUGUACAGAGAAAAUAAUCGAAGAAAAUAAUACGACGCCAUUAACUAUAUGCCAUUCAAGGAAUAGCAGUGAUAGUUCUGGAUAUCAUGAGGCAUCAAUAUUGAGUGAUACAUUCAAUGUACAAACUUUACCACGAAAAAAUAAAGCAUUAACAUCAAGUACAAGUAGUAUUAAUUAUGGUGGGGGAACAUUACCAACACAUUUUGAAGAGAAAAAUAAAAAUAAUAUGACCACAAUGGGAAAUCAUUCAAAAUCAACGUCAAAUUUAAGUUUAACGGGUCAAAAGAAAAAACGAGCUCCACCACCACCCCCGAUAAAAUCAUCAGUUUCAGUAACAAAUUUAUCAACCCCUACUUCCUCUGUAGUUGUUAGCGCUAAGGCAGUAGAAUCAUCACCUGCUACUACCACAGCCAUCACAAAUAUUACAGAUAAACCUGUCCCCAUUCCAAGGCGAAUUAGUAUUGAUAGUCAGGACGAAGUUCCAUCAAUACCAAAACCGAAGCCGCGUAAAAUUUUCAAAAUCGAUGAUGAUAAUAAAAGUAUCACCGAUGAAAUUCAAAAUGAUAAUCAUUUCAAAAAAAUUCCAAAUUCAACCGAGGAAAAAAUUACUCAAUCAAAGCAUAGUGAUACCCAAAGAUUCACCGAAGAAAAUCAAACGCAAAGUGAUAUCCAUAUCGAAGAAAUUCAAAAAUCUUCCACUUUAAUGGAAGAAGAAAAUUUAGCUCCAUUAAACCAUCAUGAUGGUUAUAAAAAUAUCAACGAAGAAAAACAAACUGAAAAUAGUAAGAUGGAAGAAAAUAAAAAAUCUUCCAUUUCAAUGGAGGAAAAUUUGACUCCAUCAAAUGUACAUGAUGUUCAUAAAAUAAGCGAAGAAAUUCAAAGUAAAAACAUGAAGGAAGCUAAAUAUUGUUGUCUAAAUAUAUUAGAUGAGAAUUUAGCUCCACCAAAAAAUGCUCUGAAUAGUGUCAUCGAAGAAAACCAAACUGAAAGUAAUAACGUCUGCCAAGUUCAAAACUCUGUCAGAUCAGUAGAGGAAAAUUUAAUUCCAUUGAAUUAUCGAGAUACUCAUAAAACCAAUAAUGAAAUUAAUCAUGAUAUUACCCAAGUUAUUCAAAAAUCACCUCACCCAUUUGAGGAAAAUUUGUCUCCAUCGUUUCAUGAUGAUGAUGAAGACGAUUCCUUUGAUCCAAAUAACAUUGAGGAAUUUGUAAAUAAACAAUUAAAGAAAAUGGAAAAUUCGAAAUUAUUAAAAAAUACUGAUAGUCUUCCUACAAUCGAUAAUUGUAUAGAAAAAACAGAUAAAUUUUCUUCAUUAUCAUUACGAAGUAUGGACAGUGAACCAAAUAGUAUUAAAAAAUGGAAUAAUUAUGAGAAUUUGGAUGGUUUAUCACUUGCAUCCGAGGAUACUAACUCAAUUGCAUGGGUAAUCGGGGGAAAUUUUAGUGAUACAGAAUCAAUAUCUUCGCAACAAUUAUCACCUGCACCCUGUUUAAGCCCAACUUCAAUGUCUUCAUCGGUAACUUCAACUUUGGAUAAAAAACCAAAAGAAAUGUCAAAAGUAUUAAAUGAAACGACUACAAAAAUCGAACGUAAAGAACCAACUGCUGUGAUUGCAAUCCAUCCAGUGGAAUUACCACCCCAAUUCACUGAACCAUUAUCAAUAAACACAUCAUCAGAACCAGAAGAAACAAAUUCUGUAGAAAUAAAAUCGGAUGAAUUUAAUUCAGAUGAUGCGGAAUGGCAAUAUCAAUUACCCUCGCCUCCAACGGCAUUUCGUGAUACAAGUCCAACAAAUUUCACAGAAGUCACUAAUUACGAUACAAUCACUUUAAAUGGAUUACCAUCGCCAAAAUUAUUAGAUGAGAAAUCUACAACUGAUUCAUCCAGUUGUUCCCAGGAACAGCGUAGUGAAACCACUACAAUCGUAACAGAAAGUGAGAAAAUAUUACCAGAAUAUGCAGAAAUUGCGACACCGCCACAAGAAUUUUCUGAUAUCAAACAUUUUUCAGUGGAAACACUGGAACAACGAAAAUCACAAGUUUUGGAUAAACAAUUAGCUAGUCUUAAAUUAGAACCACCUGUGAAUAAUCCUAAGGAAAAACUUCGUAACGAAUUAGAAGAAGUCUUACACAAUGUUCCAAAAAUUCCAAAACAAUCAAAAGUGAAACAGCAAGAGAUAACUACACAAACUGAUAUUAGUACUUUACCAAAUUUUAAAUUAACGACUUAUGAUCAACCAAAACGUGUUAUCAAUAUUUUUGAAGACGAUAGUGUAAGAAGUAAUGUUGACACAAAAAUGGCAGAAAAGAAAUCACCUAUUGUAGAUGUAGUAGAUUCAGCACCAAUUAUUAAACGAUCUUCAGGAAUCUCGGAACGGGAUAUGAACAUAAUGAAUUCAUUACAAAAUAAUAAUGAUUUUAAGAAACCAAUUGUAGUUGAUAUUAAAAAGAAAUCAAUUGAAAAACCAUCAAAAUCAAUUGAAAAUUUGUAUGAGAGGAGUAGUAAUGGUAUACAAAGAGCGGAUUCAUUUUCUAUUUCUGAGUCAAAUAAUGGCAUAGCUGAAUCAUUAAAUCCCGUAAAACGUUCAAAAUCACACGUUUCUUUAAAUAAAUAUAAACUUUUUAAUGGUGGGAGUAAUACAAUAGACUUAAAUGGUGUGACGUCAUCUUCGCCACCACGAAAAACAUCCAGUCAAUGGGAUAUUUCUGAUUUACAAAGUUUACAGGUAAUGAGAACAAUUUUACCAAAAAUUCAAAAUUCACAACCAAAUAGUCCUGAAGAAGAAAAGCCAGUCGAAAUAAUAAAAGAAACUCCCAAAAAAGUGAAUGUACCUGAAGUUAUUCGAAAACCAUAUCAAUACAGUCCACCAGCAGUGAAUUUAGGCACAUGGUCUGAACGUCCCAAAAGCCAAGUAUCCUUGAAGUCUGAUAACGAUUACAAAAUUGGUGGCAUCAAUAUAUCAACAUUUGAAAAACGACCGAGUGAAAACGAUCAAGCAAGCUUAGAAUCCAAAACAUCAACAGCACGAUUUAUAAAUCAUACAACUGCCGUUGGAUUUAAACGCCCUGAACCAAUUUCAAAAACCUUACCCCGGCCACAUUCAAUUGCUUUCGACACAUAUCAAGACUUAUCACGAGUGCCAAUUGUACGAGCUGUUGAGCUAAAGAAAACAUUUCGCGAUAAUUUAGAAAAUAAAAGUACUGACAUUCGUUCGCAAACAUUAAAUCGACCAAGUUUUCAUCGAAGUACAGAAUCAGUUAAUCAAGAACUUAAAUUAUACCCUACAGAAGAUGAAGUAUCGAAAAGUCGUGAUAAUUUUGAAAAUAAUAUUGAAUUAAGAUCGCAAACGUUAGGUAGAAAUGUAAAACCUGUUUAUCGACAUUCUGAACCGAAUAGUUUAGAAAAUAAAGGAGAUACUAAUCGAACCGAAAUCUCAAAUAAUGUGUUAAGAAACAUUAAUAAGUUUAGUGUUAACGAACCAUCCAACACUUUUAAUUUUAGUCGAAGCAGUAAUAGCUUUUUAUUAAAUCGGAAUAGUAAUUUAAUGCCAGUUGUUAAGGGUUUUCGAAGUUUAACGCCAACAGUUACAACAAAUGGUGCUGAUUUAAAUAAUAAACAAAAACCACAAACUCAACCAGAAAAAUACACAACGAAUUGUAUUCCUGUCAAUAUGUCUCGAUCGGAUUCAGAACCAAAAUUUACAGUAACAGUAAAUGGUGUCAAUCAAAAUUUUAAAAAUCCAAUUCCACCACCUCCUAUGCCAAAAGUAACAGCUGUAACAAAAAAAGUUACCAAAAUUACUCCACAAGAAGAUCCGCGUGAUCAAUUACUAAAUGCAAUUAAAAAUUUUGGGAAGGAUUCCUUAAAACCAGUCAGAUAUUAAUAAAAACGGUUUUGGGAUGCCAUUUUCUGGUUCUAUUCGGUAAAGAUAUUCGAAUCACAAUUACUUGAAAUGUUUUACUUUUCCAAUUCUCAAACAAUUUUGCCUUUUCAAUUUUAUAUCCUCGGAACGAGAAAAAAAUGGCAGUUUAUUUUGAAAAUCAAUUAAGCCAAUGAAUGUAAAGACUAUUUUAAAUGGUGUUUCGAACACCUAAAAGCUCAAUUUUGAUUUUAGUCAUUUGUAAUUUAAUAUUGUAAAAAGAAAAAACAACUUAUUUAAAUUAUUUUUGUAAAUAUUGUAUUUUUAAAAAUGGUAUUAUUACAACGCCUGAAGGUUAAUUCGCAUGAGAUAAUUUAUUAUUCUUUAAAUAUUUCAAUUCGGAAUAAGUUGUCAAUAAUCGAUUCCCAUGAUCAAAAAUUUAAUCUGAAAAAAUCUUUAGAAAUGGGUGUAUUAAAUAUGUUUUGGUUUUGGGUAUAUUAAUCUAGAAAUUUUUAGCUGAGUAAAAGAGCGAUGGCUUGUACUCAUCUUGAAAGCGCCCUUUUUCGAUCUCGGUAUUUCUUUCAUGCAAAGUGAGGAUUCUAUUACUCGAACAAACCGCUGUUUUAAUGGAUUGAAAAUUUCAAUAUACAUUUCAAAUAUUUUUUAUAAAUCAAUUUUAAUUUUACGCCCAAAGACUGGAUCGAGACAAUGUGUUCAUAGCGGAAAUUUUCAAUCAAGAAGAAUUUAUGCAUGCGAACAUACCUUUAGGUACAAAUAAUUGAGGUUUUUAUAUUUAAUUCAAAUUUAGAUGUUCAGAUUCCUAAAUGACUGCAUGCGUUAAAAUAUAUAAAGCUCAAAAAUUUUAGCUUGAAGUCUGUAUAUCAAAAUAAUUUUAAUAGCCUCGAUAUUUAUUUCAAGUCACUGAUAAAAAUGAAAAUAAUUUUGAAUAUGCUGGGAGACAAAAAGAAUUAGAAACUUCAUAAUUUAAUCUUCUCAGUGUAUUACUUUUUAAAUUAUUAUACUUCGUUUAUAAAGUCUGGUCUUAGACACUACUUAAAUAUAUACGUAUUAUAAAGAAAGGGAAAUUGUUAUAUAUAAUAUAUGUAUAACCCUUAAAUAAAAUAUUAGGGAUUAUGAAAUAAUAUCCUUAUAUUAAAUAUUAUAAACCGGGACCAAAGGUUUUUAGCAUGUAGAAAAGAAUUUUAUAUCCCCCACAAAAAAAUGAUAAUAAAAAUAAUGGCGAAUAUUUAAUGUUUUUUUGAUAGAUAAUCAUGUUUAUCGUUUGAAUUAUGUAAACAAA